ACCAUGCUGCUUCUCACUGUCAGGGACUAUGUCACCGGUGGGGCUUGCCCCAGCAAGGCCACCAUCCCUGGGAAGACGGUCAUCGUGACGGGCGCCAACACAGGCAUCGGGAAGCAGACCGCCUUGGAAUUGGCCAAGAGAGGAGGCAACAUCAUCCUGGCCUGCCGAGACAUGGAGAAGUGUGAGGCGGCGGCAAAGGACAUCCGCGGGGAGACUCUCAAUCACCACGUCAACGCCCGGCACCUGGACUUGGCUUCCCUGAAGUCCAUCCGAGAGUUUGCAGCGAAGAUCAUUGAAGAGGAGGAGCGAGUGGACAUUCUAAUCAACAACGCGGGCGUGAUGCGGUGCCCCCACUGGACCACCGAGGACGGCUUUGAGAUGCAGUUUGGCGUUAACCACCUGGGUCACUUUCUCUUGACGAACUUGCUGCUGGACAAGCUGAAAGCCUCAGCCCCUUCGCGGAUCAUCAACCUCUCAUCCUUGGCCCACGUGGUUGGGCACAUAGACUUUGAUGACUUGAACUGGCAGACGAGGAAGUAUGACACCAAAGCCGCCUACUGCCAGAGCAAGCUGGCCAUCGUCCUCUUCACCAAGGAGCUGAGCCGGCGGCUGCAAGGCUCUGGUGUGACUGUCAACGCCCUGCACCCCGGCGUGGCCAGGACAGAGCUGGGCAGACACACGGGCAUCCAUGGCUCCACCUUCUCCAGCACCACGCUCGGGCCCAUCUUCUGGCUGUUGGUCAAGGGCCCCGAGCUGGCCGCCCAGCCCAGCACAUACCUGGCCGUGGCAGAGGAACUGGCAGAUGUUUCCGGAAAGUACUUCGAUGGACUCAAACAGAAGGCCCCGGCCCCCGAGGCUGAGGAUGAGGAGGUGGCCCGGAGGCUUUGGGCUGAAAGCGCCCGCCUGGUGGGCUUAGAGGCUCCCUCUGUGAGGCAGCAGCCCCUUCCCAGAUAACUUCUGGAGCAGAUUUGAAAGCCAGGAUGGAGCCGCAAGACCGAGGGCUGCUGUCUGCCAUGCCCGCAGCUUCCUGGCACCACCUGAGCUGGGAGACCCAGGACUGCCGGCCCCAUGCCCGCAGCUUCCUCUAGGGGGCGGUGUUGGCA